CGCACCGGUCGCUGCGGACGCAGGUGUAACCGACGCUGACCACGGUGAGUGGUGACUCAGUGUAAGAAUAAUACGUCCACAAAUUAGGCGUGCGUGACCUCAGACUACUGCUGCACACAGGAUGGUACCGGUACUCGGCGGCGUUCAGUCACCGCAAUAGAGCGUACCUGCUAUAUAGUCGCCCGCCGACCGGUUGUCGCGCUAGACGUCAACGCCGUGCACGGACAGUCGACCGUAACGAGACGAAACUGUUGUCGAGAUGAUCGCGAAAAUCAUCACCGCGGUCUUUUUGCUGGUUUCGACGGCCACCAUAUGGCCAAUCGCGAACGCAAACGAAGUAAAAAAAUAUUCGCUGAUGAUGCCAAACGUCAGACCCAAAAAGACGGAUCUUUAUUUGUGCACUCCGAUCAGAAUCGAUUCUAGUAAAUCGUAUUUUAUAGUCGGAUUUGAACCAAAAGCAUCGGGCCACGACGCUCAUCAUAUGUUACUCUACGGAUGUUCAGAUCCCGGAAGCGAAGAUCCUGUAUGGAAUUGCGGUCAAAUGGCUUCUCCGAACGGGCGCGACCAUAGUUACAUGCAUUCCAACCCGUGUAAAUCUGGUUCGAAUAUUUUGUACGCUUGGGCAAGAGACGCGCCUACGCUGAAGCUUCCGGACCAAGUCGGUUUUAAAGUCGGUGGAGAUUCGAAAAUCAGUUAUUUAGUACUUCAAGUCCAUUAUCACAGGACGUUCGACGACGACGAGACGGAUAAUUCUGGAAUAUAUUUGCAUUACACCGACGAACAAUUAUCCAGACAAGCUGGAGUGUAUUUGCUCGCCACUAAUGGAAAAAUCGCUCCACGCUCGGUGGAACACAUGGAGACGGCAUGCUCCAUAUUCGAACCCGGUAAAGUCAUACAUCCUUUUGCAUACAGAACGCACACUCAUGAACUCGGCAAAGUAGUGGCCGGAUACAGAGUGAGGACCGACCAACGAGGAGAUGUAAAAUGGGAUCUGUUGGGAAAAAGAAAUCCGCUCACUCCUCAAAUGUUCUAUCCCGUUGAAAACAAUAUUACCGUAGAAUUUGGCGAUCGAUUGGCAGCUAGGUGUACAAUGGAAAGCACAAGGGACACUGUUACAAAGAUCGGUGCUACGAGUGACGAUGAAAUGUGCAAUUUCUAUGUGAUGUACUGGGUGGAAGGCACGGAUCCUCUUGAACAACAGCUUUGCGUUUCCGAAGGUUCUCCUAAGUACUAUUGGAAAGACGACCCGUAUUUGAUUAACAUUCCCGACGAAGAAGCGUCAAAAUUAUAAUUUAUAACGAUUUUACGAUUGGGUACUUAUGCGAGAUCUCGACUAGUCGACACAAAAUAUCCUUGUUUUCUAUUUGCCACAAACUUAUUUAUAAAAUAAUUUAAAAAAAAAAUUACCAAAGAUUAUGUUAUUAUACAUCUAUUCAAUGUAAAAAAGAAAUACUUGUAUCGGACUACCAAUGUCAACAACGCACAAAACAAUCUAUAUUAUAUUAUAAUCUUUCGACUAUUUCCAACAUACCAUUAUAUUAUAUAUAUAUAUACAUGAGUAUAUAUGUGAAAAAAUUAGUUAAAUCAUGAGUCAAUUUAUUUUAUUUAUAGAAAAUGUUUAUUUUUAUUGUUAAUUUAUUAAUUGGACCACGUAUUCCUUAUU